AUGGUCGCUAGUAAGCGUCUUUUCUCCGAGAUCUCCGGUUCCGACACGGAGGACGUUGGUGCUUCCAACAACCUUUUGAAGGUGCAGGCGGCCAAGCGCGGAAAGACGCGCGGCUCGUUGAGCAGACUUUCGGCAGCUCGUCAGGAGCUGCGAGAGAGAGCAGAGGAGGCUAGAGCGGCGGAAUUCGUUGCCGCCCUAGAGAAGAAGGCACAGAAAAAGGAGUCCAAGGCGAGUAAUUCCACUCCGCCUGGACCCCUCGAUAUAGAUGUGGAGGCGAUGGGUCCGGAGGACCUGCUUGGCGCUGCUGAGAGCAAUCUCGAAGAAAUCCUCAGCAUCGCGGCCAAGUCCUCCAACUUGAAAGGGGGGUACGUCAACAAGAUCCGGCGUGCCACAUCUUCGGUGAGGUGUAUCAUUGACGCGCUUGCUUCGCGUACUGUAGCGGAAGAAACCCGGCGUCUCACCGCAGAUAAUGGUAGGCUACGUCGGGAGUUGGCAAACCUCCGCGAAGAAGUCCGCGCGUAUAAGCGGGACUUCGAGGAGAGUCGUGCAUCGGCGGCGAAGGAGAGGUCUUCUCCAAUGUCCAACGAACAGUUGGGCAUUUUGGAGAAGAGCAUCGCCAAAUUGGUGGGCAAUUUGGUCGAUGGGAGGUUGGCGGGGAUAGAGGCACGACUGCCGCCCCCCGCUGUGAUCCGCCCACCGUUGGCGGCCGAUAAGAAGCGGGAGGCUCUUGAAAAGAGAGCUGCCGCCGAGAAGAGUCCGGCACCGGAGACUGCCGCAGUUCGCGACACAUCUCCGGUGCUGAUGUCGCCGGCAGUUCGCCGCCAACGGGAGGAUUUCCCGGCGCUCCCAGUUCGCCCUGAGGUGCGCCCAGCUCCAGUUCAGCCCAAAAAGAGCAGGAGCAAUGGUAAAGGAAAGGGAAAGGGGACUGAACGGCCAGAAUCGGUCAACCCUGGCCCCUCCACAUCUGGGAGUGCACCGCCUGAGGGGCUGGCGGAUUCUUUGGCGACGACGGCCGAGAGACCGGUGGAGACUUCGGCGGUAUUGGCUGCUGUUCCAGUGGUCGAAUCUGCGGAUCCAUUGGGCGGGUGGACAGAGGUCGUCCGCAGGAAGACCUCUGCGAAGAAGGCGGCGCCGAAACAGCCGGCACAGGUGGCGGCUAAGAAGCCGAGGGUACAGAUGCCUCGGUCCACGGCCGUCCUCAUCAAAUUAAAGGCGGACGCGGCGGACAAGGGCGCGACAUACAGCUCGGCGUUGUUGAAGGCGGAGGGCGCCAUUAAGUUGGAAGAGUUGGGGCUCGGCCCCCUCCGCAUCAGGCAGUCGGCCACUGGAGCCAGGUUAAUAGAAAUACCUGGCUCUACUAGCCAUGAAAAGGCGGAUUUGUUGGCGGCCAGACUGUCCGAAGUUCUCGCGGAGGAGGCCGAUAUUUCAAGGCCCGUGAAGUGCUCAAAUUUUAAGCUCACGGGCCUUUCUGACGCUGCGACUGUAGAGUCCGUCAAAUCUGCAGUCGCAGGGGUGGGUGGAUGCUCCCCCGCCCAGGUAUGGGUGGGAAAUAUUGAAAGGGGGCUAGUCGGGACGGGUUUUGCUCGCAUGAGCUGCCCAGUAACGGCUGCAAAAAAAUUGGUGGAACUGGGCAGUUUCGCGGUCGGAUGGAGCAGAGUGGUGGUGCAUCUCGUGGACGCGCGGCCAAGUCACUGCUUCCGAUGUCUGGGAUUGGGGCACUUUGCUGCCAUGUGCCCCCCAAAAAUGAAGGAUCGCAGUGGCUUAUGCUACCGUUGUGGCUCACCUGGACACACUAUGUCUGGGUGCAGUGUGGCGCGCCCAAGAUGCGCAGUCUGCUCCGAUGCUGGCAGACCUGCGGACCACGUUAUGGGGGGUAAAACAUGUAACCCCCCAGUAACCCGGGGAAAAGUUCCCUCCUCUGGGAGGGGACAGGCGGCGCCGGAAGCUGAUAUGUCUGAAUAA